AUAUUGUUUUAUUGUUGAAGGAAGUUGAUAAAAUUGCUCGUUGUGAUGAAAGUGAAAAGUUAAUUUAUCUGAAAUAGUUUUUCUCGUAACUAAUAUUAUAUUCUAUUUGCAAUAUUAAUUAAAAUUAUCUUUACAGAACUGAUAAAUGUUUAGGAUGCAUUUUACGAAAAGAUGUAAGCAUUCCUGGUCGUAAGAGUAUUUUUUGUGAAGCAUGUUCCAAACAUCGGAAGCAGUUACAAAAAAGAAAAGAAGCAGUGCAUACUGAAAAGAAGACUACUACACAUUCCUUGCGAAAAAAGUUUAAAAAUGUCAAUAAGAAAGUAAAAAGAUUGGUUAAAAACGGAAGAAUAUAUUUAAAAGUAUGUAUGCAGACAAUGGCUCUACGAAUGCAUAUCAUUGAGGAUAAAAAGUAGAAAAGCGUAUAAGCACAUCCGUAAACACCAAAUUUUAGUUGUGCAUUCCACAUCCACUUUAGGAAGAAACAUGAAGCAAAUCAAAAGCACGUAUGGCUUUCAAGAAAGCGUUUUCAGCGCUUUAAAAUUAAAAACGGAGAAAAUGGAUUCAAAACAUCGACAUGGUGCCAGUUUAUUGGAUCAGAUGAAGUUAUCGACAUCUUUAACAUUCAACAAAAUGAACCUACAGUUUGAAGGCUUUACAAACCUAGGUGAACACCCACCUGAGCAUCAAAAAUCAGAGCUAGGCGACCAUGCUUUGAUUUUUAUAUUUCAGUCCUUUAUGACUGGCGAAAUUCAAACUUUGGGUUGCUUUCUUUCUAAAGAAAGCGCAACAAGUACAGUUUUGCAUAAACUGUUGAUUGAAUGUAUCUUGUUAGCUGAGAACGCUGGUUUACGCAUCGAUUUGAUUACAUCCGAUGGUGCUUCGUGGAAUCAUGCGAUGUGGAAAAUUUUUGGAGUCUCAGAGAGUAUGACACCUGAUGGUCUGGUUGCUUUGAACGUAUGGUACACAAUUUUAGAUGUUGAAGACACUUUAUCUUCUGCCAUCAAGGUUAAUUGUAAAUUAACGCAAGACCAUUUACAGACAAAAUUUUAUCACAAAAUGAAUGUGGCUUUAGCGUUUCAGUUUUUCGAAAUUGCUGAUGUUUUGGAAGUUUCCCAAAACAAGCAUCCACAAUUAGAAGAUUGUGAACCAACAAAAAAUUUUUGCCGAAAAGUGAAAGGUCUGCUUGAUGUAAUGAAUAGCAAGAGUGCUUCAGGAGGAAUGGCACCUAUCAAUGGCGCAUAUAAUGCUGUCGAAAAUUUUCUGGUAUAUUUAGAAAAUUGGAGAGAUGGUGCAAUAGAGAAAGGAUACUAAAAGAUUUUAACUCAUCAUAUUUUCAAAAUCAAUUUUUUAUUUAUUGGUCGAGUUAAACAAAAUGGAGAAAAUUAUUAAAAAAAAUUGAUACUUUUAGAAAUGAAUCUGUAUGAUCUCUGAAGAA